CAACCAUCCACCCCAUUAUCAUCACCAUUGGAAAACGAACCAAUUGAUACCGCGAGUUCCCUCGAAUGAAGAAAACAUAAAUAAAAAAUGCGUCCUCUUUCCCCCAUCCUCGCCUCACUGGCGAAUGCCUUCAAAAUCCCCGUCUCCUCCCCAUCUCGCCCGGCAAUCCGUCUCAGCAACAAUGUCGCAAACGAAGUAACAGGAAGAGCAAGACAAUUCUCCUCCACUACACCCGUUCUAGCGAAGAAAAGGGGCGGAAAAGGCGGUGAUAGAAGAAUCAAAUUAAUAAGAUACUUCCUCUAUCACCCCCUAACACCCCGCCCCCUACGAUUCUCACGAACCCGCUACCUCCGCCACUGGACCAUCCACCGUGCCUGGCAACUAUACCAGGCCUCCCUCCGACGAGCGCAGGAGCUCGAACUCCAGCGCCAAUGGCAGGCGAUGCGGGCCGCGUGCGAGGAACUCCGAACCGGCGCGGGUGAUGGCGGGAAACUGUUUCGUGUGUCGAUGAACAAGAAGGGUGUUUUUACGGAUUUGAUUCCGAUUGAGUAUGGACGGUUGCAAACUGAGGGACCUGCCACGAGUGGGUGGAAUUAUGAUUGGAAGAGGGUUGAGAAGCAUGGACAUUGACAUUAACAUUCAUUCACAUGGGUCUUAGGUUAGGUCAUUUCAUUUCUUUCUUUUUGUCUUUCUAUAAAAAGGGGAUAAUUCAUGUUUGUUUUGUUUCUUGGUUCUUCCUUGUAUCUUGAAAAGAAUGCUUUGAAUAGGAGAAUUGUAUUUAUAUUUGUACAUUGACUUACGAGUUUG